AGUAAAAUCUCAGGAAUCAGAGACGAGAUCUAACCCCCUCUCCCACAUUUAUUUCUCUCUCUCUCUCUCUCUCUCUCUCUCUGUCUCUGUCUCUCUCUACUCCCUGAGAUUUACAAGUACUUCCAAUUCUAGAAUACAGCGCACAGCAGCUUAGCUCUAUCGCUCACUUUUCGCCCUCAGCCUCAAGCCACUGAGCAAGUAAAAUCUUGGAUCAUUCUUAAUUUCGCAAGUUCCUUGUUGCAUUUGCAGUUUUAUUACUGUAAUCGUUCCAUUCAAUCUAAUUAAGAUCUGCCCAGAUCGACGUUUGAAAUCAUUAACAAGACUCCAGGAUCUCAAUAAUGAGAUCAUCUUUUUGAACCAUAACGUCAAAAGUUUGAGGUGGUAGGAGAAGCAGAAGCUUUUCCAAGUGUGUUGGAUCUGAAUAAAUGACGAGGGGACGAUCAGAUGGACCACAGAAGAAGCGGUUGUUGACUUCUGUGGGUGUUUUGGCUGUAUUUCUUGUUUUUCUGUAUGUCUACUUUGGCUCUAAGAAUGCUGGGGAGUCUGCUCUGGAGUAUGGCAGCAGGUCUUUGAGAAAAUUAGGAUCAUCUUAUCUGGGUGGAGAUGAAGAUUCUGAUCUUGGUAAGCAAGAUGAUGCUUCGAUCAAGCUUUCUCUCGAUGAAGGAGAGGAUGCUAUCACCCCGAAGAGCUUUCCAGUCUGUGAUGAUCGCCAUUCAGAGCUGAUCCCGUGUCUGGACAGAAAUCUUAUUUAUCAAAUGAGAUUGAAAUUAGAUCUAUCUGUGAUGGAACACUAUGAAAGGCACUGCCCAUUACCUGAAAGGCGGUACAAUUGUUUGAUUCCCCCUCCUCCAGGAUACAAGAUCCCAAUCAAGUGGCCAAAAAGUAGAGAUGAAGUUUGGAAAGCAAACAUUCCUCACACUCACCUUGCACAUGAGAAGUCUGACCAGAACUGGAUGGUUGUUAAAGGAGAUAAGAUUCAUUUUCCUGGAGGAGGCACCCACUUUCACUAUGGAGCAGAUAAAUACAUUGCUUCUAUUGCAAAUAUGCUUAACUUUUCCAAUGAUAACUUGAACAAUGAAGGACGAUUGCGCACAGUUUUCGAUGUUGGUUGUGGUGUUGCAAGUUUCGGAGGUUACCUACUUUCUUCUGAUAUCAUUGCAAUGUCUCUAGCACCUAACGAUGUGCAUCAGAACCAGAUCCAAUUUGCUCUGGAAAGAGGAAUUCCUGCAUAUCUCGGUGUUCUUGGUACAAAGAGACUUCCUUAUCCAAGCAGGUCUUUUGAAUUUGCUCACUGUUCUCGUUGUAGAAUUGAUUGGCUGCAGAGGGAUGGGAUCCUUCUUCUUGAGUUGGAUAGGGUGCUUAGACCUGGAGGCUAUUUUGCUUACUCGUCUCCUGAAGCUUAUGCUCAGGAUGAAGAGGAUCUAAGAAUAUGGAGGGAGAUGAGUGCACUUGUGGAACGUAUGUGCUGGAGAAUUGCUUCGAAAAGAAACCAAACUGUCAUUUGGCAAAAGCCUUUAACAAACGACUGUUAUUUGGAAAGAGAACCUGGGACUCAGCCACCACUCUGUCGAUCUGAUGAUGAUCCUGAUGCAGUUUGGGGUGUACAAAUGGAGGCAUGCAUUACGCCUUAUUCUGACCAUGAUCACAAAACAAAAGGUAGUGGAUUGGCUCCAUGGCCUGCCCGAUUAACUACUCCUCCCCCACGUCUUGCUGAUUUUGGCUAUUCGAGUGAAAUGUUCGAAAAAGAUCAGGAACUUUGGAGACGGAGAGUCGACCAAUACUGGAGUCUCUUAAGCCCAAAGAUAUCAUCUGACACUCUAAGAAACGUCAUGGAUAUGAAGGCAAAUUUGGGAUCAUUCGCUGCUGCCUUGAAGGAUAAGGAUGUUUGGGUGAUGAAUGUUGUACCUGAAGACGGACCGAAAACACUAAAGAUUGUCUAUGACAGAGGCUUGAUCGGCACUGUUCAUAACUGGUGUGAAUCCUUCUCGACAUACCCCAGAACCUAUGAUUUGCUCCACGCAUGGACCGUGUUUUCCGACAUUGAAAAGAAAGGAUGCAGCGGCGAGGAUCUGCUUCUCGAAAUGGACCGUAUCCUCAGGCCUACAGGGUUUGCUAUCAUCCGGGAUCGACAACCAGUGAUCGACUUUGUAAAGAAGUAUUUAGCCGCAUUGCACUGGGAAGUAGUCGCAACGGCUGAUUCCAAUUCGGAAACCGGCCAGGAUGGAGAUGAAGUGGUGCUCAUCAUUCAAAAGAAGCUCUGGCUGACAAGUGAGAGCUUCAGAGGUACAGAGUAGACUACUGAGUAGAACUCCACUGGUUGAUUUACUUAUGUGCCCCUAUUUUGAUUUAUUUCAACCUUUUCUUGGGGUCUAAGAAGAAUAUCCCAAGAGUUGAGGGGGGGAAUGUCAUCAUUUUGUAGACGACAGAGUGAUGUUUUAUCCUUUUUCUUUUUCCUCAUGUCUUUGUUUUCUUUUUCGUUUUUGCUUUUUUUUUUUAAAAUUAUAGACUAUUUUUAAUUAUAGGCUAUUCAUAACUGUUUGAUAUUAUAAAUUCAUGUGGGAAUCAUAGCUCUGCCUCUCCAAAA